CCUGGAGACGCCCUUCGGGAAGCCUGCAGCCCUGCCCUCGGGGACCUCGGUCCAGCAUGGACCAGGCGGAGGAUCCCUACAGUACAGCCUGGCUUUCCUGGGCCGUCUGUGCUUCCUGGAGUUCCAUGGAAAAUGGAAGGCCUCCAGAUCCUGCAGACUGGGCUGUGAUGGACGCCUUCAAUUAUUUCCAAACAGCAGGAUUUGAGGAGCAAGCCAAUGCUUUUCAGGAACAGGAAAUUGAUGGAAAAUCCCCGCUCUUGAUGACGAGAAAUGACGUGCUGACAGGGCUGCAGUUGAAACUGGGGCCUGCUCUGAAAAUCUAUGAGUAUCAUGUAAAACCUCUUCAGACCAAGCAUUUAAAGAACAGCUCUUCCUAGUAAAGUGAAAUCGAGGUCUCAGUCCUCAGAACAGGA